CUACUAGAAAAGGACCUUCCUGUUUCCAGGGGACGUCUGGUGGAGGAGUGCUGCUGCUACAACAACAGGUGUUGGUGUGUUCUCUCCUGUCAUAUGUGCGAUAGUGUGAAUAAGAACGAGUGAGGACAUGGAGCAGUGUGCAUGUGUGGAGCGAGAGCUGGAGAAGGUGCUGCACAGGUUCGUGACGUACGGACACCAGUCAGAGGAACGUCUCGACGAGCUGCUCAGGACCGUGUGUGAGCUGCGCAGCCAACUGGUCACCUUCGGUGUACAGGAAACAGAUUUAUCAGUGUUCUCACAGACGAUGGCGCAGUGCUGUAAGGAAAUCAAGGAGACCGUGCAGAUGCUCGCCUCUCGCCACAAAGACAUCCACGGCAGCGUGUCCAAAGUGGGCAAAGCCAUCGACAGAAACUUCGAUGCGGAGGUGAGCGCUGUAGUAGCCGAGACGGUGUGGGACUCGUCUGAGAAGCAGAGGAACCUCAGCGAGACCAUCGUGGAGCACCUGUACAGACAGGGCAUGCUGAGCGUCGCUGAAGACCUCUGCCAGGAGUCGGGCGUGGUCAUCGACAUGAGCAUGAAGCAGCCAUUUCUAGAGCUCAACCGCAUUCUGGAGGCUUUAAGGAUGCAGGACCUCCGACCAGCACUAGAAUGGGCCGUAACGAACAGACAGAGGCUGCUGGAUCUGAACAGCAGUCUGGAGUUCAAACUGCACCGUCUGUACUUCAUUAGCCUGCUGAACGGGGGAGUGGAAAACCAGCUGGAGGCGCUACACUACGCUCGCCACUUCCAGCCGUUCGCCACGCAGCAUCAGAGAGACAUCCAGGUGUUAAUGGGCAGCCUGGUUUACCUGCGUAAUGGCAUCGAGAACUCCCCGUACCGCAGUCUUCUCGAGACCAACCAGUGGGCCGAGAUCUGCAACAUCUUCACGCGAGACGCCUGCGCCCUGCUCGGCCUGUCCGUAGAGUCUCCGCUCAGCGUCAGUUUUGCAGCAGGUUGCAUGGCCUUGCCAGUGUUGAUGAACAUUAAGCAGGUCAUUGAACAGAGGCAGUGUAGUGGCGUCUGGACACACAAGGACGAGCUGCCUAUUGAGAUCGACCUGGGCAAGAAGUGCUGGUAUCACUCGGUGUUUGCGUGUCCCAUUUUGAGGCAGCAGACGUCAGAGAGUAACCCACCCAUGAAGCUCAUCUGCGGUCACGUCAUUUCCAGAGACGCUCUUAACAAACUCACCAACGCGGGGAAGCUGAAGUGUCCGUACUGUCCGAUGGAACAGAACCCUUCGGACGCCAAACAGAUUUAUUUCUGACGUCCCGGAGCGGAGCAGACGAACGCAGCUUCUCAGCACGGCCGAGUUGGAACGAUCCACGUUUUACGGCCUUCUGCGGCGGCUCGAACCGUGGAGAUGCCGCCACACACACCUCCUCCUCAUCCCCUUCGUUCCUUCCUUCUCCGAGACUUUUAGUUGGCACAGGUCAUGACCACGCACACCUGUAGAUCUGAGUCCGUUAUGUGUACGCCACGAGGACCGAGCUCCACGGAUCAUUCGCUCUUAUAUGAUACACAUUUAUGACUCACAGGUGUGUGUGUGUGUGUGUGUGUGUGUGUUUCUUUUCUUUGGUCCCUCCCCUCUUUUUCAUUAUUAAUAUUUUAAUUUGACUCUGUUUCCUCUGUACGAGUUAGGAGCGCGGAGUGUAUGUACGCUUGUGAACAGACGUGACCUUCCCCCCAAUCGUUUUGUUUUCACGCCCACUUAUUUACCAGAUAUUUAAACAACUAUAUUCUAGAGCCUUCAAGCCGGUGUACGUGACCCGAAAGGCGUUUUUUUUUUUUUUUUCUUCUUCUUUCAGCAAGUGUAUUCAGAGACGUGUUCAGUAAGGCCGUUCGGUGGAGGGCUUCGUCUGUGACUGGAAGACCGCGAUUCACGCCGCUCUUCAUGAUGGUGUAACGAUUAAAAAUGUACCAAGUAAAAAAACAAAAAACAAAAAAAAACCCAUACGUAUAGACUGUCGGAUUUGUUGUCGAAAACAUCCACGUCGGACGGAGACGUGAAGCGAGCAGACGUUAACCGAUUCCUCGGAGUAAUAGAUAUGUGUUUUGCCUGGUGUAUAUAUUUAAGAAAAAAAAAUAUUUAAAAGGGAAAAAAAAAUGACUACUGUGAACUUUGACUUUUUUUUUUUUUUUUUUCCUUCCCCCCCAUCCCCCUCACCCCUCUCUCUUUGUGUCACAUGGAUCUAAUUGUCCCUCUAUGGGAAGAGAGCAGUUUGAAAAAAACUUGGAGAUGACGGGAUCCAUUCGCUCUCAUUUCUUUAUUAAUGCAGGGGAGAAUGAAUGAAAUUGCUUCAUGCUUUUAAA